GGCUGUUCCGGAGGGAGGGGGGGGGGGUUCUCGAAUGUCUCUCUGGCAGACCAUGACAAUUAUCCACGUCUCCGCCAUGAUUACUACCACGUCAACGUUUCCGCACGUCGCGUCGCCGUUACCGGGCUGUUGUCCCAAUUGCUCAUCUACCGCCAUCGCACCAGUAAGUGCGCAGUCGUCGACCGUCCAUGAUGUCUGUCGGACAAGAGCAAGUCUCGGCGAGUCAAGCCCCCUCGCCGCAAUUGAAGAAAAACUCCCUUUGAGUUUGAAGAGUGGGCUUUGAUAUGAACGACCCGAUGAGAAGAACCCUGACGUUGUUUUUUGGCUGGUUUCUUUCUUUUCCUUGCGAUGCGGUGCCAAAUCAGUCAUCAUUAGUGCCGCGUCCACUGGGCAUCC